UUGCGUUUCAUGUCUGGUGAUGUCUUUUAUAGGCCUGUCAGAGAAACUUCUCCACAGACAGCUAAGUAACGUUACAGACGUCAAUGAUCUGAUCGAGACUCUCUUUAAAGAGAUUUCAUCUCUGGAGGGAUCAACAAAAAUACAAGAUUCACAGUUGGAGGAACAUGCCAUACAAUUGUGGAACUGGGCUGUAACCAAACGUGUUGGAUCAACUAUUACAGAGGAGCAGAAGGCCAAAGUGCGUCAUGUGGCAUGCAGACUUCUGCAUUCAUGUGGGCCCGAAAACCCAUCGGAGAAUGUUGUUCGCAAGCAGAUCCUGAUGGCCAGUAAAACAGGAAGAACUUGGCUUGAUUGUAAACAACCCAAAUUUGCUGAUGAUUUUUUGAGUCUUGCUGUCAAUAGCCUGGAGACUCUUUACAGCAAACUAACUUCCCAUGGAGAUUGUGCAGAAGAUAUAAACACACCAAAGGGAGAAAUAGAGAAAGACUUGCUACGGGUCUUGUCUUAUCAAGCUGAAUCAGCAUUUUCUCAAGGGCAUCACCAGGAAGCCGUGUCCUACAUGCAACGAUGUAAAGAAAUGCUUCUGCGUCUUCCUAAAGAGUCUGGAUAUCUCUCUCUCAUCUGCUACAACUUUGGGCUUGACACUUAUAGUCAGGGGAAAUAUGAAGAAAGUUCAUUCUGGCUUGGCCAAAGUUAUGACAUAGGCAAGAUGAAUAUAAAGUACUCACCAGGACCAGAGAUGCAAGCCAAAGUCUUGAGGCUUCUUGCCACAGUAUAUUUGGAAUGGGAUUGUCAGAAAUAUCAGGACAAAGCUCUUCAUGCUGUGAGCCUGGCUAAUAAGGAGAAUAUGCAGCCAUCAGGCCUCUACCUUAAAAUCCGUAUCCUAUUGAAGAGUACUAGCCCAGAUGAUGCUAUAAAAUCCGGGCUGUCUGAGUUACUGGACUGUGAAGUUUCACUAGAAGUUUGCUUAAGCACAGUAAAACUGCUGGUGGCAGAGGACAGGGAGUCCUUGGCGUUCGACUUCCUAAAAAGGGUGUGUCAGCAGUUUGAGUGGUCUCCUAUGCUGGGCUCUGCUCUUCUCCUGCAUAUAGAGCUACUUCUGCAGAAGGGCAGAGAGCUGCUUGCAAAGCAGAAGAUUGAAGAUGCCAUCACAGGACAUUACACGGGAAAACAACUAUCACCACAGACUGUCUCAUCUCUUCACCAGCUACUGUGGGACAAAGCAUCCAAAAACUUUGAGGCUAAGAACUACUCUGAAGCUCUGCAGUGGUAUAACUACUCUUUAAGUUUCUACAAAACAGGUCAGUUGGAUCAGAACCUAGCUAAACUGCAACGAAACCGAUCCAACUGCUUCCUGCACCUACAGCAAUUCGAAAAGGCCAAGGAGACUGUAGAAGAGGCAGCAAGGAUUGAUCCGUCCAACAUUUUCACGCAGUUCAAUAUCUACAAGAUUGCUGUAAUGGAAAACAAUGUAGAAAGAGCUGCUGUGGCUCUAAGAGAGAUCGGAGCUCUGGCUGAGGCUCCAGUAAGCAGUGAGGACAGACUGCUAGUGACCGAGAAUGCUGCAGCAAACCUCCUCAGCCUGGCAGCACAGAUUGCCCUGGAGCAUGAGCAGCAGGAAACAGCCAUCAAAGCCCUUGAGAGUCUGUGUGAACACUCGCAAGAUGUUGUUCAGAUCCUUACCGCCUUGAGGUGUCUAGUACGACUUGUUCUUUCCAAAAUGGAAAACAUCAGUGAGGAAAACAGACAUGCCAACAUGGAUGUCCUCUUGUCAUACCUUAAGACAGCCCUGCAAAAAGCCUCACAGAUCAAACACAUUACUGGUCAAGGAGUAGAUGAGCGUUCAGACAAGGCCAACUGGUUUCGGAGAAUCGCGUGGAACUUAGCCCUGCAGUGUGAACAUAGUCCUGCUAUGAUGAGAGAUUUCUUUCUUCAUUCUUUUCAGCUGUCACAGCUGUGCGUUCCUGACAGAGAUUUGUUGAUCGGACAGAAAACUUGUCUUCUGAUGGUUGCUGCUACCUCUCUGGAGAUCUGCAGAAACUCGGAUUACACCGAGCAGCAGACAGAGUUGCUGACCCAGACUUUAGAGCACUUACAGAUAUGUAAGGAAGUGUGGAAAACCAUCAAGGCAUCAGGCACUUCCUGUAAAGACCCAACAGACACAUUGUUGCUGCUCUAUGAGUUUGAAGCCCGGGCCAAAUUAAAUGACCACAAGAUUGAAUCUGUGCUCGAAUCAGUUCUGGAGCUGGAAGACGUUGAGGCCAAACUGUUAGAAACAAUUGCAGUCCUAGCAAUGGAACCUCCAGCUCAUUUUCCAGUGCUGUGUAAGAAAGCGCUGAGGAUUGCUCUGUCCCUACACCUGAAACAACCACAGGCCGACCUCGCACGCUGCAGUAAGUGUUUACACAGCCUGAUUCAGCUGACCCUGCCGAGCGGCGUGUCUGAGGUGGAAGCCCAUGCGCUGGAGGAAGCGUGGAACUACUAUGAGGAAGCUCUUUCUAUCAUCACAACCGCACCCAAAGAUUUUCCAGAGCUGGAGAUCCUGUGGCUGUUGACCCGAGCGUGGAACACAGGAAUCUUGCUCUACAGUCUGGCCCAGUACCCUGAGGCUGAAAGGUGGUGUGGGCUGGGGAUGAGCUUCCUACAACACCUGGGUUUCCUGCAGGAGAGCUAUCAGACUCAGAUGGUGGGUCUGUACAGCGAGGUGUUGGACAGGCUGGAUAAAGCAAAGAAGAAUGUCAUUAUUGAGGAAUGAUGGAGGUUUUAGCGCAGAUGGAGAUCUCAGGUUUAAUGGCACGUGUUUAAUAUGUAGUGUGAAUUUCUGUUCGUGUUUAUGGCAAGCUGAGAGCUGUCGAAUACAUCUUUUUUUUUAAGAUGCAGACUGUUACAUUAACUUUAAUAGUAUCCCCUGUCUUGAGUUGAAUAGUCUGCA